AUGUCGGAUCACCAAAUGACAGGCAGUUCCUCACCUAGCCGAUGCCCUUGUGGUAACACCUCGCCGCAUGUGGAGUUUCUCCCACCUAUUCCACAGCUUAUCGGCCCCUGUGACGUCGAGGAGUGGAAGUAUGCAGUGCAACUGUAUCUCAACCAUCACGGUCUGCUGGACUUCAUUGAUGGAACCCACGAGAAGGGCCAGGCCAAUUCCGACGUGGAGUCUCCUGGUUCUUGGCGUAGACGACGCGCGCAAGCUUUCACCAUACUCAACAGCAGAAUUAAAUGGGCCAUGCCGCAGCUGCUCAGCGCUGGUCUGAGAGCGUACGAUGACGAUUACGACUUCGACCCCCAGGAGUUGUGGAAUUACAUUACCCGAUACAUCAGGUUGGGCACGCGCUCAGAUUCACUCAAGGACCGCAUGCUGCUUCAUUUGUUCUACUGCGGUUACCUUCAGGAUGAUGCCAAAUUUGAGAAGCAUGAGUACAUCCUCAUGCGCCGUUGUCUCCGCACGUUGGGCAUUGAGGUUCACCCUAGGGCUAUGAGGGAGGCAGACAUUGAUGAGGACGACCUUGGGCAUGAUGACCGCGAAUGGGUCUAUAGUCAGGGGUUAACGGAAGUGCAGGGAAGAUGGCUGACCGAUUGGAGCAAGACGUGGAAUGCCUCGAAGGCUUUUGACAGAGAUGACUUUGCGAAGAUGUUGGAGAUUGUUGAGGAGUCUGCUGUGGCGUAGUAGGCACGGAUCGCAUCUUUGCUAUUGCGCGAAGAAACUGCUCAUGUUUAAGCCACGCGGGCUUGGUCGUAAUGAAGGAGGGACAAAUGGUGCACAG